CAAUCCCAGUUACUUUUACUUUUCCAGUAUUUAAAAUGACGGAUAAGGUUUUUAAUCUAUUGCAGAAAACCGUUACAAAUUAUACUGCUGUACAGACAACAAUAUAUGUGUUUUUAACUAUUUUGUCAGUGACUUUCGCGGAAAUUCUACAUAAAGGAGGUGGAGGCGGGAGACUGGUAGAACCCCCCGGACGAUCUUCGUUAUGGAGGUUAAAUUCUACUUUUCGACCAGUCAAUGAAUAUGAUCAUCGUGUUAAUUGUGGUGGGUUUGAAAAACAGUGGUUGGAAAAUAAAGGAAAAUGUGGAAUUUGUGGUGACCCAUUUGAUGGACCACGUGAUCAUGAAAAUGGUGAAAAAUACGAUCAUAAAUUUAUUUCUCGGACGUUUAGGCAAAACGAAAUAAUUAAUGUGACUGUUGAAACAAUUGGAGAUUUAUCAGGAUAUAUUGAAUUCCGAAUCUGUGAUAAUAGUAACAAUAACAUUAUAACGACAGACUGUCUCGAUAGCAAUGUUUUGGAAAUAGGAGAUACAAAAUAUAAACAGUAUACGGUUUGGAAUUCAGGGUACCACGUGAUACCCUUACAGCUUCCAGUGAAUUUAACCUGUGAUAAAUGUUUACUGCAGUUUCGAUACCAUACCGGUUAUCGGUGGGGUUGUGAUGAUGAUGACUGUUGCUAUGGUUGUGGUCCAAUGCAGGAGGAGUUUUAUAGUUGUGCUGACAUCACAAUACUGCCAGAUGAAACUCUUAAAUUCAAAACGUGGCAUGAACACAGUCUAGAAGAUUCACCAUACUUGUCAUGGUGGUGUACAUUCCAGUGUUCAGAAGAGGAAUGUGAUUCGACAAUUUGUUCAAAACUAGCACAUUUACGUCUGAAGAGACAAACAUCAAAGACAUGUAAAGGCACGGGAUUAUGGACAGACAAUAGAGGAAUGGAUUUUUGGUGUAGGAUUAAUUGUCUUAACCCGCUACCGUAUUGUCCACCGGAGUACUGCGAAUGUGACACAGGGGACGUCGGAACAACGACCAUUGGAACAACGACCACUACAACCACGGCACCAACAACAACACCAGGGAGAUUGUUUGUGUACAUUAACCCAAUCCAGUCCACUGCUACAGUUGGUGAUGUACUCGUUCAGAUUCAAUGUUUUGUUACUGGGAUACCAGUGGCCGAUACAUGGUACUGGACAAGGAAACCUCUUAAUGGUGGACCAAUUACUACAAUCGAAAAAGGAACCAAUAAUGCAGAUUAUAUAGUGGAUAAUUCCCCGACCAGUCCAUCCCUGUCCAUUCUUGGUAUUACUAAGGCUGAUGAAGCCGACUAUACAUGUUAUGCCACGAAUGCUGCUGGGGCAAGUUCUAGUUCCAGCUCAAGAUUAUAUGUUAAUGGAGACUUGCUCAAUAUCUCAAUAGAACCAGAAAGCUUCACGAUAUUGGCGGGAGAUGCAAGUUAUAAAAUAUUGUGCAUAAUAACCGGUUCUCCACAAGCUACGUCUUGGUACUGGACGAAAACAUCAAUAAAUGGUAAUACAAUUAGUACGAUCGGUCAGGGAACCAAUAACCAGAAAUAUACUAUUGAUAAUUCACCGACCUAUCCACAUCUAACUAUUAAAGACAUAACUGAAGAUGAUGAAGGUUAUUAUGAAUGUCACGCGACGAAUGGCGCUGGACAAAGUAAAAGUGCAAGGAAGUCAAGACUACUUGUCACUGGAGACACGGUUACAAACAUAGUCCGUGUUUUAGCGAGUGCCGGAUGUCAGUACUGUAACAAGAAGAACAAUGUUACAUGCGCCAACUGGUAUUGCUCAGAAGUGUUCACUGCGGAACUUGAUUUAACUGGAACUUUGACAUCAAAAGUGAACCAGUUAGCUGACAAUUUUUGUUCCUUCUGCGAAACCAAUGAUACUGCAUGCAUUGACUUAUUCUGUUUACCAAAUAGACGCAUGGUAUCCUUAUCUAUAGAAGCUAGAUGUAAUGUAUGUUCAUCAACUGGUAUUCAAUGUCAAGCUCAUCCAGAAUGUAGCUCUUUCUCCAAUAACAUACAAUCGGGGUCAGGUGGCUCUUCCUCCAGUAAUUUACAAUCGGGGUCAGAUGAACCAGCUGCAGCAAACUUAGUUACAUGUAGAGGGAUUGGAAUGUUCGCGAAUCCUGCCAUGGAUAUAUGGUGUCAGAUUGUUUGUCCUCAAGGCUUCUGUCCACCAUCUCACUGUGAAUGCGGAGUACUAAUUCAAACGUCAACGACAACAACCAGGCCAACAACGGAGAGCACUCAAUUUGCUUCAGGCGCAGAUUUGUAUUCCGCCAAUGCCAUGAAUGGUAUUAUGUGUUCAGUUUGUAACCAACAACCAAAAUAUUCAGACUGUUCUACGAAAUAUUGCAAUCUAUAUAAUCCAAAUUUAGAAGAACCGCAAGAUUUUUUUAAUAAUGUAUUCAGCUACUCCCCAGAAAUUUUCUGCCAACUAGCAAUUACAAAAGAAGAUACACAUUUACAGAAGAUCUUUUGUGACGGCGAUCAUUCCGUCAUUUUAUCAGAGUUGGAAUCAGUCAUGUGUAAAGCUUGUCAAAAUGUUGGUAAUGGAGCAGGAUGUGAAGCGUACUGUGUGUCCUGAUAUUUCUUUUACACUUUAAACAGUAUACUUAUUUCAAGUAAAAACAAUCGUAUUCUUUUCUUGAACCUGUUGCUAACCUUGAUUGCUAGCAGAACAAUUAUUUUAGCUACUAUAAGUGUUUAACGGUCUAAAAUUGCUAUCUGAUUUUGUUUCAAUUAAGUGAUAACAAUGAAACAAACCAAUUUGUUAUUUUAUUGAACAAGAAAGACAUGAUUUAACAAACACAAAUGAGUUCCAAAUAAAGAUUAAAAGGUC